GCUCCGCCUACCUCGUGGCCACGCCCCAGCCUCGUGUGCUCCCCGGCAGGUCCCGCCCACCACGCACGCAGGUGCCGGGGUAGUGGGCGUUCUAAGCCAGCGACCGUUGAUCCCGGGGUAGGCGCGCGGUAACCCGGACCCUGUGCCAGAAAGACGACCCGACCCGGGGGGUUGCCGCGGGCCGCAGCGCGGAGUCUAUAAAGGCGCACGGCUGCGUCGACAGCGCUCGGGACAUGGAACCUCCGCCCGGGAGCCCCCUAGAAGACACCGCUUCCCAAAGCCUGGGAGACGAUGAGUUCCGAGAACGGCAGGACGCGAAGCCUACCGUGAUCUCAGUAACUGGAGGAGACAUCGGGAAGGAUCUACUGUCCGAACCUGAGCGGGGAGCAGCAGCAGAAGGGGAAGAAAGCCACGGCGGCGCGGGAGCUCCCGGCCCUGUAGACGAGAUCCAGAAGGGCGGCGGCGGCGGAGAGGAGCCCCCGCAGCAGCAGCAGGAGGCCCACGCGGCCACCGAGGAUCCGCAGCCCCAGGACAGGCAGCCACGCCUCCGCCACCUGUUCAUGCGGUUGGAACUGAAGGAGCUGGAGAGAGUUUUCCAACGCAGCCAGUACCCCGACGUGUUCGCGCGAGCCAAAGCUACCUAUGGGCUGGAAGCCACCGAAAUCUGCCAGCCCUUGCGCUCCGUCCAAGGUGGGAGUGAUGCCUACAGGGCUGGGCAUCGAGAAAGGAGAUUACCAUAUGUAUGGAUGUGACUCAAACCGAGGCACAGCAAUAGAACACAGGCGAGGGAGGUACAGAGAGAGGGAGACAGAGGAUCCGAAGCAG